UUCACAUCGGUUCGUCAUGUAUUACGAGAUGGCGCGCAUCGCAACCAUUUGGCAAGGUAUCAACCCUCGUGGCCUCUCUCCGAUCGCGGACGGAGGAUGUAGCGUGCGAUGUGACUGGUGUCAACAACAAAUUGAGGAGAUCCGAUAUAAAUGUUUGACAUGCCCAGAUUUCGACGCAUGCGACACAUGUUUUAGACGAAUGCGCGGGACUCAUUCUGAUCAUUCCUUCAUCAAAGUGAACGCCGAUUCCGAUAUCAUCGAACCAACCAACAUUACAACCAUAGUCCGACAUGGUGCGAACUGUCACCGUUGUAAGACCAGGAUAUUGGGGGUACGCUAUGUGUGCCUACACCCUGCGUGCCGGGACGUCAAUUUCUGUCAGAACUGCGAGGCCUUACCGGGACCAAGUCGAGCCCAUCCUACUUCACACCCCCUCGUAAAGUUCAGGGAGGAUUAUACAUCCGUAACAUCCAUGCAUUCACAAGGGGAGGGUUCAGAAAUGCCGAGAUAUAAUUGGGAUGUCGUCUUUGAAUUCACUCGCAAUUCAGAACAAGCGCUGUUAGCACGGAGCGCCGAAAAUCCCCCUCAGAGUGAUUCCUCGAAUCGUUCAUCAGUUUAUCUAUUGAAUUCUUCCUCAGUAACAGCCGAAAACGCCAACGAAUGCCCGAUAUGUUUCGAGGACAUGACGAACAACGAGGCUCUCGGUGCGAAUUGUCCCCACACACUGUGCACUUCUUGCAAGGGCAGGAUUGUUGCACAAGCGAUGGCGGAAGGCCAGAGGCCGACCUGUCAUGCAUGCCGUCUUCCCUAUGUCGUUCAGGACCCGGAUCAAAUCGUCGAUGUUGAACCGGAUAACUUGAUCUCUCGCUUGCGGGAUUUGUGACUCUACGAUUACUAGCGUUUAUGGUUAUAAUGGGAGACACCCUGACGAAAUUCUUGUUUUUCUUUCAUCUCCCUUUUUU